UCCUCGGACUUUGAGGCGGCGGCGGCCACGCUCCAGUCGGUGAAGCGGCGGCUUCCCGUCGCGACGCAGCUGCAGCUCUACGCGCUUUACAAGCAGUCGACGCAGGGCGACGCGCCCUCGGAUGCGCCGUCGUCGCUGCACGUCACGGCCAGCGCCAAGUGGACCGCCUGGGACGCGCUGCGGGGCUGUGAGGCGGCACGUGCGAGGCAGCAGUAUGUC